AUGACAGUGAAGUUGGGAGACGGCGGCGGGGAGGACGGGCUCAAGAAGCUGGGCAAGCGCGCGGCCGAUGAGGACUCCCUGGAAGGAGAGGGCGCCGGCGGAGGGGACGCGGCCGAGGAGACGAGCGGCACAAAGGAGGCCGAGCAGCCCCUCAGCAGCGGUAGCGCUGGGCCCCCGGCGCCCUGCGCCCCUCAGGGCUCCCCCCAGGACCAGCACCACUUCCUCAGGUCCAGCGUGAGGCCGCAGAGCAAGAGGCCCAGGAAGGACGCGUCCUGUGCAGGCAGCGGAGGCAGCGGCAGCUCCGGGGCCCGGGGCAAAGGAGCCGACAGUGGCGGAGCAUCAUCUGGAAAUGGGCCUGGGGCUGCCCCUGCUGCCCCUGCGGGGGGCUCGCGCCCAUCUUCCCGGAACCUAGGCUCUGCAGGAGGCGAGAAGGAGGAAGGCAAGAAGGUGCGCCGGCAGUGGGAGUCCUGGAGCACGGAGGACAAGAACACCUUCUUCGAGGGGCUGUAUGAGCACGGGAAGGACUUUGAGGCGAUCCAGAACAACAUUGCCCUGAAAUACAGGAAGAAGGGCAAGCCCACGAGCAUGGUGAAGAACAAGGAGCAGGUCCGGCACUUCUACUACCGCACCUGGCACAAGAUCACCAAGUACAUUGACUUCGACAACGUGUUCUCGCGCGGACUGAAGAAGUCAUCCCAGGAGCUCUACGGGCUCAUCUGCUACGGCGAGCUGCGCAAGAAAAUUGGGGGCUGCAUGGAUGACAAGAAUGCGACGAAGCUGAAUGAGCUCAUCCAGGCUGGGGCCACCACAGUCCGCUACAAAGGGAGGAACCUGCGCAUCAAGGCGCCCAUGUGUCGAGCCCUGAAGAAGCUCUGCGACCCUGAUGGCCUGAGUGACGAGGAGGACCAAAAGCCGGUGCGCCUACCCCUGAAGGUUCCCGUGGAGCUACAGCCGCGCAACAACCACGCCUGGGCCCGCGUGCAGAGCCUUGCCCAGAAUCCACGGCUCAGGAUGAUUGUGGAGCUGCAUCGCAAGCUCUCCAGCCUCAUCGAGUUCUUGAAGCAGAAGUGGGCACUCCAUGAAGUGCGCAUCCGCAAGACUCUGGAGGAGCGGCAGCUGCGGGAGCCCUGUGCUGACACAGCUGGGCACCCGCUGGCCCAGGAGAGGGUGACGCUGCACUUGUUUCCGGGCGAGAACUGCACGGUGACGCCACUGCCGGGCGUGGCGCGGGUGGUGCACUCCAGGGCCUUCUGCACAGUGCACUGGCAGGAGAGCGGCCGGUGCAAGCAGGGCGCCCGGGACACCCACACACUGCCGCCUGCCCAGAUCCUGGGUAUCCAAAGCGGCCAGGGCACAGCCAGGGGCCAGGUCAAGUGCCCCCGGGGUGCGGCUGAGGGCAAAGCUGGCGGGCGGCCCCCCAUGCCCACCGACGCCUCACAGAGCUCUGGGGAGAGCUCCCCCGAGGGCGGCCCUGGUGGGGGGACCCUGAGCCUGAGCAGCCCCGAUGCCCCCGACAGGCUCCCCACUGGGCCGUCGGAUGCCACAGGAGGCCCCAUGGACGGUCUCACUCGUGCCCAGGGCCCUCUGCCCCCUGAGCCAUGUGCCUGCGGCCAGCUCCCAGACCUGGACGAGGAGCUGUCCCUGCUGGACCCCUUCCCCCGCUACAUGAAGUCCUGCCAGGACCUCAUCAUCCCUGACAGGUGCCGCUGCGCGUCCUCGCGGGCUGGGGGCGAGCGCCCCUCCCCUGGGGGCUGCACUUCACCCGAGGCCCCCGCCCCCAGUGCCGCAGAGGCUGCUGAUGUGGCUCGGGGCCCAUCCCCGGUCCGCGCCCCACCCCAGCCGGAACCUCAGCCCAGUCAGGGCCCUGGGCUGCAGGCUGACGGCAGCACGAGAGACCCGGCUGAGUCGCCUGCAGAGGAGCUGCUGGAGAAGGGGAGUGCCUCAGACACCGUGCCACCACCUCAGGGACAGCCCGCCAGCCGGCUGGCCCAGCAGGUGCGCGAGGAGGGCUGGAACCUGCAGACGUCCGAGAGCCUCACGCUGGCUGAAGUCUACCUCAUGCUGGGCAAGCCCAACAAGCUGCAGCUGGAGUACGACUGGCUAGCCGUGCAGGGCCCCGGCGCCUGUGCCGCUGCGCCUGCCGCCCUGCACAAGCAGCGCCUCCUCGGCUGCCUCCUGAAGCUCAUCGCCACCGAGGUCAACCCCAAGCUGGCUCCGGAAGCAAACGCCGCCUCCACAGCCUCCAUCAAGCCCACCCAGGAGGACCAGUCGCUGACUCCCUCCGGGAAGGUGGUGGCCGUCAGCUCGCGGAGUCCCCGCUGCACUCGGAACCAGGCGACCCUCCGCAGCAACAAGGCCUUCUCUCCAAACGCCACACCCUGCUCCUCAGGUUUGAGGAACCCCCCGAGACCCCUCCUGGUGGCUGGCCCCUCCAGCACGGGAAGCAGUGAUGCCGACGGGGGCCUUUUUGCUGUCCCCACGACUCUGCCGCCCAACAGCCGGCAUGGGAAGCUCUUCUCUCCCAGCAAGGAUGCCGAGCUAACAUUCCGCCAGCAUCUGAACUCGGUCAGCAUGCAGUCGGAUUUCUUCCUGCCAAAGCCCCGGAAGCUGCGCAACCGACACCAUCGGAAGCCGCUGGUGGUCCAGAGAACGCUGCUGCCUCGACCGUCUGAGAGCCAGGCGCACAAUGUCUGCUCCUUCUCCAUCCUGUCCAAUUCCUCCAUUACCGGGAGAGGUUCCUUCCGGCCGAUCCAGUCCUCUCUGACCAAAGCAGCUCUGUCUCGGCCGAUAGUGCCCAAGGUCCUUCCACCCCAGGCCACCGGUCACCUGGCCAGUGCCAUUGACUUGGCUGCUAAGAGUGCCGGCAUCAUUCCCGGGAGCCCCCUCCCCGUCUUGGACCCCGAGGGCUUGUCUGGCAUCUCUCCGCUAUCCUCAGACAAUGUGACUGCAGCCGUUGCCGGCCAGGGCUCCACCAGAAGCUGCCAGAAUGGACACCCCGUCUCCACUGUGGGUGGCGCGAGGGAUCCCUUCAUCAGUGUCCCCUCCAGACUCGAGCCGGAGCCGGAACCGGUGGCGGACAGCUUCCAGGGCUCCCCCGUCCUCUCCCUAUCUGAGUUGCCCAAAGCUCCACUCCAGAACGGCCUCUCGGCACCGCUUCCCUCGGAAGGUUCCAGCACUCGGCUCUCUCCACCCAACGUGUCUGCUCUGCUGGACCUCUCCCUCCCCGGGCCGCCUGAGGACGUGCUGUCACAGGGCGAGCCCGCCACGCACAUCAGCGACUCCAUCAUCGAGAUUGCCAUCAGCUCCGGCCAGUACGGUGAAGGCGUCUCCCUCUCUCCAGCAAAACUGAAUGGCAGUGACAGUUCGAAGAGUCUUCCCUCCCCGUCCAGCAGCCCCCAGCCCAGCUGGAUUGCUUCUCCCACCCACGACCCCCAGUGGUACCCCAGCGACUCUACUGAUUCCUCGCUCAGCAGCCUCUUUGCCAGCUUCAUCUCCCCGGAGAAGGGCCGGAAGAUGUUGCCAACUCCCGUCGGGACAAACAGUGGCACCUCCUUGCUGGGCCCCAGCUUGCUGGAUGGAAAUUCACGGGACUCCUUUGUGUCCAGGUCCCUGGCCGAUGUCACGGAGGUUGUGGACUCCCAGCUGGUGUGUAUGAUGAAUGAAAACAGCAUUGAUUACAUUUCUCGGUUCAAUGACCUGGCCCAAGAGCUGUCCAUCACCGAGCCCAGCCGCCGGGAGGUCCUGUUUGAUGGCGGUGGGCCCCCCAUCGGCGACCUGUCCCAGUGACUGAACCUCCAGCUGCAGAGGAGGGCUCACGGGGCUGGUGGCCCUCAGCUGUAGUGGGGGGUAGUAGUCCUCUUCAAACGAGAAAAACCACCAACCAAAGCUCAGGCCCCCCUC